UCCUCUUGUCAAAGCAGAGAGCAUUUUUAGGCACGACUCAGGGGAACUGAAUCCAGUCUGCUGAAGAGGAGACGACAGAAUGGACAAGCUCACUAUCUGGACCGGGCUGGGCCUCCUGCUCUGUCAAUUGGGGUGUGCAACUGACCUGGUGUGCUACUUCACCAACUGGUCCCAGUACCGGCCAGCGCCGGGGAAGUAUCUCCCAGCAGACGUGGACCCAAACCUCUGCACCCACCUGAUCUACGCCUUCUCCGUCAUCAACGAUGCCAACGAGCUGGUCACCUAUGAGUGGAACGACGAGACCCUCUACGGCUCAUUCAACGCACUUAAAACAAGGAAUCCCAAUUUGAAAACACUCCUAGCUGUUGGUGGAUGGAACUUCGGCACAGCAAAGUUCUCCCGCAUGGUGUCAACACCGGCCAACAUGCAGAAGUUCAUCCAGUCCUCCAUCACCUUCCUGCGGAAGUACGGCUUCGACGGGCUGGAUCUGGACUGGGAGUACCCGGGGUCCCGAGGCAGCCCACCGGAGGACAAGCAGAGAUUCACCCAGCUGUGCAAAGAGCUCCUGGCGGCCUAUGAGGCGGAGGGAAGAAGCACUGGACGUCCACGACUGAUGCUGACCGCAGCAGUGGCCGCUGGGAAGGACACGAUCGACGCCGGCUACGAAAUCGCCGAGAUCGCCAAGUAUCUGGACUUCAUUAGUGUGAUGACGUAUGACUUCCAUGGAACUUGGGAGAGUUUCACUGGACACAACAGUCCACUCUUCAGGGGAUCGAAGGACACGGGCAAACUCAUCAACUUCAACACGGACUUCGCCAUGAAGUACUGGAGAGAUCAGGGCGUCCCUGCGGAGAAGCUGAGGAUGGGCUUCCCCACUUACGGCCGAACAUUCCGCCUCUCAUCCUCCGACACGGGGAUCGGAGCGCCCGCCAGCGGAGCCGCUUCCUCCGGAACCUACACGCGGGAAGCAGGCUUCUGGUCCUACUACGAGAUUUGCACUUUCCUCAAGGGUGGUGCCAAUGUGCAGUGGAUUGCGGAUCAGAAAGUUCCCUACGCUGUAAAAGAGAACGAGUGGGUGGGCUUUGACAACCACGGGAGCUUUGAGACCAAGGCCCGCUACCUCCAGCAGAAUGCGUUUGGGGGCGCUAUGGUCUGGGCUCUGGACCUGGACGACUUCAAAGGGCAGUUCUGUGGACAAGGCAACUACCCACUGAUCAGCCACCUGAAAAGCCUCCUUAGCACAUCGCCCUCUGUCCCACCGAACACCCCUGCUCCAGGACCGCAGACGACCCCCCCCGCUCCAGGACCGCAGACGACCCCCCCCGCUCCAGGACCGAAGACGACCCCCCCCGCUCCAGGGAAGAGGACCACAGCCAAACCCAUCAGCACAACCACCACAAAGAAGCCGGGUCAAGAGUUCUGCGUGGGGAAAGCCGAGGGGAUUUACGCCAACCCAGAGGACAGAGGAACCUUCUACCAGUGCGCAAGCGGCAGGACCUUUCUUCAGAACUGCCCUGCAACUUUGGUCUUCAAACAGUCCUGCAAGUGCUGCAGCUGGCCGUGAAGUGACCGCCUUCCAUACAGCCACUGACCCCAUCCCUCUGAGGAGUCCUCGUGCUUUAGUUCACUUGUCUAUCUUAAAACCAGCUAACGAGAACGGUCUUCUAUAGUCUUGACUAUCUCUCUUUGCAAUCGUUUAGAUUUCCUUUCGAUUCAAUUUAACUUGCUGUUGGAUAAAAAGAAAUAAUAAAAAUAGAAAAAAAAGAAUACUUAAUACUUUGUCAAAUAGUUUCAUUUUAAUAAUGGAAUAAAUGUAUGACUAAGAA